AUGAACGAUGGUGAUUAUUUAAAAGAAAGCGAAGAGGAGAAAAUGAGAGAAGAAAAAAAAAACACGCAGAGGGAGCGAGCGUACAGAGGAAAGAGAGAGUGAAGAAGGAAAUAUCUGAGUUUAAAGGAAGAAGGAGCGAGUCAGAGCCCCCGAGUUAGGUCACAUCGGCCACCCCGUAUCGUCCAUGACUCGGUAUUGCUGCUGUCGGUGUUAAUUUCACCCCAGGGCGAGCGCCAGCCUAAUCCGUCUGUCGAGAGAGAGAGAGAACAGAUCCUAACUCCGUCGGCGGCUCCGCUGCUUCGCGCUCUAUCUUCCAGUCCUCGCCCCAUCACUCGUCCUUGUCAAAGCAUCCAAGUAGCAGCAGCUGAUCGGCGGGUCCGUUUUUUCGCUUUCUAAGCAAUUGCCUCUUUUUUUUGUGCUUCAAAAUGUGAUGUGGAAUUGUUCUUCCCUUGUUUGGUUUCUCGAAAAAAAAUUUAGUCUAUCUUCCCCCAAAACGGUUAAUUCUUAAGUUCUUUCCUUUUCUAAAACCGUCCGGAAUGAAUGCUGCGAUGUUGCAGUUCGUUAGGUGGCAGUUACUUGAUUGGUAGAGUACCAGUCAAAUGCUUGUUUCUUCUUCUGGAUUUACUUCCUUCUUUGUCGUUUUCGUCUUCUUUCCCCCCCUCCUUUUCUCCGCAUUUUCAUAACUUUGCAUAAGGAUUGUUUCCAAGUUAAUUGGCCGCCGUCUUCAACAUUUUUCUCUCAAUAUGUAUGGCAAUUACUCUGCAAUCUCUUUUCUCGGGUUCGAUGUGCGUUGAGCUCAAUUUGUUUGCACUUUUCUUCUCAGAUUUACGCUUUGUUGGUGGUUUGACCAGAGCAUCGAUGAGGAUACAGGUUAGUUGGCUGAAGUAGAAUUGGAGUUUGGAGGCUGAGAAAGUUGAGUCAUUUACGUUUUCGGUGCUUUUCCUUAUUGGGUUUUGCUCCAAUUCUGAAUUUUUGUGUUCGUUUUGAUUCUUUAGGGGUUUCCACGUUGGUUGUAGCAGAAGACUACUGAUUCAGAUAAACCCUAAUGUUCCAAAAAGGUGUACAUUGUGGGGUGAGGUAAAGGAUUCCCUACAUGGACCAGAAUUUGUAGGAUAGAGAUAGAGGAAACUUGAAGGACCGAGUUAUUAUGAUGGAAGACUUCUCCAGGUAUUCUCACAGUCCUGCUCACUUGGCAGUCGCACGCCGUGAUUAUGCUGGCCUUCGAAGCAUUAUCUCUAACCUCCCUCGCCUUGCCAAGGCUGGAGAAGUUACUAAUGAAGAACAGUCAGUUGCUGCUGAACGAGAAGCUGAUGCUCUGUCAGCUAUCAUUGAUCGCCGGGAUGUUCCUGGUCGUGAGACUCCUCUACAUCUCGCUGUUAAAUUGAGGGACCAAAUCUCUGCAGAGAUCCUAAUGGCAGCAGGAGCAGAUUGGAGUCUGCAGAAUGAGAAUGGCUGGAGUGCCCUUCAAGAAGCAGUGUGCACAAGGGAGGAAGCAAUUGCUAUGACAAUUGCCCGUCACUAUCAGCCGCUCGCCUGGGCAAAGUGGUGCCGUAGGCUCCCUCGUAUUGUCGCUUCGGCAGCUCGUAUUCGUGAUUUCUAUAUGGAGAUUACGUUUCAUUUCGAGAGUUCUGUCAUUCCCUUCAUUGGCCGUAUCGCUCCGUCAGAUACUUAUCGUAUUUGGAAACGCGGAGCUAAUCUUCGUGCCGACAUGACACUUGCUGGUUUUGAUGGGUUCCGGAUUCAAAGAUCAGACCAGACGUUUCUUUUCUUGGGAGAGGGUUAUUCUGCAGAGGAUGGUGGUGGAAUGUCUUUACUACCAGGUUCACUGAUUGUUCUUGCACAUAAGGAGAAAGAGAUUACUAACGCAUUGGAAGGAGCAGGUGCACAACCAACUGAAGCAGAAGUUGCACAUGAAGUUGCUCUCAUGUCGGAAACCAAUAUGUAUAGGCCGGGGAUUGAUGUGACACAGGCCGAGCUAGUUCCUCAUUUGAAUUGGAGACGGCAGGAAAGAACCGAGAUGGUUGGGAACUGGAAGGCCAAGGUUUAUGAUAUGCUUAAUGUGAUGGUAAGUGUGAAGUCGAGGCGAGUUCCUGGUGCUAUGACUGACGAGGAACUUUUCUCUGUAGACGAUGAAGAAAGAUUAGCAAAUGGAAGGGAUCAGGAUGAUUUUGAUGAUGUAUUGACACCUGAAGAGAGAAAACAGUUAGACUCUGCACUUCGUAUGGGAAAUUCUGAUGGUUUAGGAGAGGAGGAAGAAGCUGGGGGUGUUGUUGAGUACCAAGAAAAUGGUUCCGCAGGGCCAUGUCAAAACGGUGAAUCGAAUGGUACGACUAAGGAUAAAAAGAGUUGGUUUGGUUGGAAAAAUAAAGGUGGAAAACACAACAAUGAUGACUCUGAAGAUCCAAAAAUGGGGAAGAAGUAUUCGAAGUUUAGACCGGAAGGUGGCAAUCAGAAAUAUGGUGAUCACCAAAAUUCAUCAUCUGAAUCUGGUCGGGAUGAUGGUACAGGAGAUGCGAGGAAGGGAAAGGAUAAAAGUGGCAAGAAGAAAAUAAAGAAAGGACCGAGUAGUGAGUCUAAGAAUGAAAGCGAGUAUAAAAAGGGUUUGCGUCCUGUAUUGUGGCUGACACCUGAUUUCCCCUUGCAAACGGAUGAGCUCCUGCCUUUGCUUGACAUAUUAGCCAACAAGGUUAAAGCUAUUAGGAGACUCAGGGAGCUUUUGACUACUAAACUUCCUUCUGGAACAUUUCCUGUCAAGGUAGCCAUACCUAUUGUUCCAACUAUAAGGGUGAUUGUCACAUUCACAAAGUUUGAGGAGCUUCGGCCAGUGGAGGAGUUCUCAACGCCUCUCUCCAGCCCAACACAUUUCCAGGAUUCAAAAUCCAGGGAAUUCUCAUCGGAUAGCGGGUCGACAACUACAUCAUGGAUAUCUUCGUGGAUGAAAGGUGGGAGUCGAGGAGGGCAAUCGAGUGAUAGUGACAGCCAUCGGUUCAAAGAUGAGUUUGACCCCUUCCAUAUACCAUCAGACUACAAGUGGGUUGAUGCCAACGAGAAGAAGCGGCGGAUGAAAGCUAGGAAAGCCAAGACCAAGAAACAUCAUAGGAAGCAACACCAGCAGGCAGCAAGACCCGGCGUUGGAGGAGGGGAUAGUGGCGGGGCACAUAAUCACAGCGAACAUGCUGAAGACUAAUGACAAAGAUAAGCAUUCAUCGAGUGUUCGGCCUCUUCAGAGUGCAUGCAGAAAAGGGAGGAGGCAAGGCCCUUCUUUACUGAGAGGCAUGGCAUAAUCUCCGACGGGUUUGAUCAUUGCGUCUUCUUGUGAAUCGCCAGGAGAUUGAUUUAUGAAUAUAUUGGUUGGUUAGGUUGAGUUUUACUCUUUUGAUGGGUUGAUUAUGAAGCUCCCCAUAUGCUGUAUUUGUUAUGUGAAAAUUUGCAGAGGGUAUUGGAUGGGGAUCCUGAUCCUCUUAUUCCUCCUGUCUUUAACUUUCUCUCUCUGCCCCACUGUCUCAGCCUAAUAGUUUGUUCUUUGGUUGGUUUCCUUCAUUUGUUGUUUGUGGAUUAACCCAAUUGUACCCAAGUUCUUUGUUAUCGAGUUAACAAGCAGAUUUUACCCAAGUUCUUUGGGUAAAUUGCAAGGUUGGUCACUUUGGGUAAAUUGCAAGGUUGGUCACUGAGAUUACAAAGAAACGUUUAUGUUUGGUCACCAAAAAUAUUUAAAUUCAUUCGUGGUCAUUGGAAUUAAUCAAAUAGUCCAAGUUUGGUCACUCUCCGUUACCUUCUGUUAACUCCGUUAAUUUUUUGCUGGCGUGGCUAACAGAAGUGUCUAAUCAGCUAAAUUUAACAAAAAAUAAAAUAAAAUUCAACCUGCCACGUCAUUAAAAUCAGCCACAUAAGAUAACCGACUCUUGACCCGACCCUUAACCCGACCCUUCAUCUUCUUCCUCUAGUUGACCCAAUUGAUAAAAAAUAAACCCUACCUCCCAACUCACAAAUCAGAUCGCAAGUAAAUCUCCCAACUCCCAAAUUUCUCCACUCCAACUCCACCCUCACGUCCCAUUCCUCAAUCCCAAACUCUCCUCCUCGCUCUCCAUCUUCUCCAUUCCCUCCCUCAACCUCCGCACCCAAGGCAGCGGAACCGCUGCUUCGUCGUCCUCUCCAUCGCGGCAACCGACACCAAGCACACCGUCUUGGUGGCGGAGAAGCUCAGACCAGCCGGGCUUGAUCUCCUCAAGGAGUUCGCCAACAUGGAUUGCUCCUAUAACUUCUCCCCCUCGGAUCAACUACUUCGCAAAUCUCAAGGCCUCCUCCACUGCCGCCUCUCGCCUGCACAAACGAGCUCAGAUCUGAAAUAAAAUUUCUUGAUCCCCAGUUUCGAUUACUUCGAAUCCGGCUUCACAACCCCAUUCCCCAAUACCUUAUCCAUCAGUCGCCCAUCAAGUUCUUACUGCUCUACAUCCUCUCUAUCCACACCUCUCAAUCGACGCGAACUUUUGUUUAUAGAAAAUUCUAUAAAUCAAAGAUAACACACGAAUAACCCCACCAAAUGCCAAACCCACUAGAACCCUCAAACCAACUCCAUUUUUGUCCUUCCUAGUGACAGGAACAGAGGUAGUAGGAGCAAGGAAUCGGUCCAGGUGGAAGCAAAAUCCCAAGAGUGGGCAACUAACCGACCGGUGGAACCGGAGAACCUAAAAGUGGCCUCUUAUAUAGGGUUGGUUCGGGUCGGGUUUGAAUGAUGUGGCUGGUCGACUUUUUUUUUUAAUUCAAAAUUAGUUGAUCAGAUACUUCUGUUAGUCACGUGAGCAAAAAACUGACGGUGUUAACGGAGACUAACGGAAGGUAACAGAGAGUGACCAAACUUGAAUUGUUUGAUUAAUUCCAAUGACCACGAAUGUAAUUAAAUAUUUUUGGUGACCAAACAUGAACGUUUUUAGUAAUCUCAGUGACCAAUGUUGCAAUUUACCCCAAGUUCUUUGUUAUCGAGUUAACAAGCAGAUUUUCUGGUUGGGCAUUUUUAACUCCUCCUCCCGUCGUGUCUGCGACUCCGCUGCUUGCAUUUUGGCAGACUGUUUUACUCGCUCAGUCACUUGUUUCUUAGGCCGACUCCAAUGGGCAUCCCAUUUAUGGAGGAAUUUGCAAAAAUGAAGGAGGAGAUGGUCCAAUGGGGAGGUUGGGGCCUCCAAAAAUGGAAACCCCAAAUUUGGGGGUGGAGAUGGGGGAUCCCCAAACAUAGAGACUCUCCAAAGCCCGCCACAUGUCUUUUCUUUUUCUUUUUAAAAUUUUAGGGUUUAAUUGGGGGUUUAAUUACGUGAUUAGUUAGGAAUUUAAUUAGAUAAAAAAAUUUCAACUGUUGUGUGUAAACCCAAAUUAGGAACAUAAUUUUGUCAAAAAAAUCCGGACUCGGAAUUUAACAAAAUUCUAUCAAAAAAUUUGUAUUUAAAAAUGAUGAUGAACUAUACAAAAAUUAACAUGAAUAAAUUAUAUUAAGGCUACGAUAAGUACAUUUUUAAGUAAAUGGAAAAACUAGAAAAACGGAAAUCCCCAAAUAUGGAGAUUGAAGCAUUGGAGCAAAAGAAGGGGAAAUGGGGAUCAAUCCCCAAAUUUGGGGUUUUGCAUUGGAUUUGGCCUUAGGGAUUUUUCCAGAAAUAGCAUUGUUUAAAAAAAAUUUCAAAAAUAGCACCAAAGUCCGAAAAAUUCCAAAAAUAGCACCCUUUCCCAAAAACCGCUCCCUACCAGUGCGGUUUAGGCGAAAACCGCCACCCAGGGGCGCGUUUUUUGAUGAAAACCGCACCCCCACCAUGCGAUCUGUUUUUUUUUUUAAAUCCUAACCUAGGUGGAAACUUCAAACGGACGUAUCUUUGUGUUCGGGUAUCCGAUCGUCGCGAAUUUUUUUUAUUCCGCAUAAAUUUUUGAGAUCUUGCAAGCCGAAGACCGCCGAAUGUGGUUUGGUCCCUCCUUCGUCCCAAAAAACGUCGUUUGCUACCCCGAACGAGCUUAUUUCCGAUUUCGUCAAACUUUGGACAACCAUAACUUUGUGCUCCAAAAUCCAAACGACAUGAAUUUUUUUUUAUUUCGCAUAACUUUUUAAGGACUACAAUUUUUACUAGAAUGAAUUUUCAAAACAGGAAUUAUUUUGGAUAUACAGAAUUUUGGGAAUAGCUUACCUUCCCUUCUCAGCAAUCCACGUACAUUUUGAAAUUAUGUCUAUGAUAAAAGUAGUAUUCCUUAAAAAUUUAUGCGAAAUAAAAAAAAAUUCAUGUCGUUUGGAUUUUGGAUCACAAAGUUAUGGUUGUCCAAAGUUUGACGAAAUCGGAAAUAAGCUCAUGCGGGGUAGCAAACGACAUUUUUUGGGACGAAGGCGAGAUCAAACCACCUUCGGCAGUCUUCGGCUUGCAAGAUCUCAAAAAGUUAUGCAGAAUAAAAAAAAAUCGCGACGAUCUGAUACCCGAACACAAAGAUAUGUUCGUUUGAAGUUUCCACCUAGGUUAUGAUUUUCAAAAAAAAAAAAAACAGAUCGCAUGGUGGGGGUGCGAUCACAACCAACCCGCAUGGUGGGGGUGCGGUUUUCAUCGAAAAACGCGCUCCUGGGUGGCGAUUUUUGCCUAAAUCGCACUGGUAAGGAGCGGUUUUUGAGAAAGGGUGCUAUUUGUGGAAGUUUUCGGACUUAGGUGUUAUUUUUGGAAUUUUUUUUUGAACAGUGCUAUUUCUGGAAAAAUCCCGCCUUACUGGUUACGGGAGGGGAGGGCUUAUUGCUCGAUCACCAAUUCACCAUAAUCAAUUCUAAACCUCCACAAGCCUAUAUCAUUCUCGUGAAGGGAGGUGUUGCAUUUUCAUACUCAUUUUUGCUGUUUUAGCAUGGUUUGUGAAACAGUGCCAAACUACUGGAAAAAGUACUAAACUUGUAGUUCAACUAUUUUAUCGGGACCUCCUACGAUAACUUGGGUAUAAUUUCAAGUUAGAUAACUUGUAUAGAUCUAAACCGUUAAAAUCUAUUAAACUUAAUUUAAACCA